AUGAUGGAUGAUCAAAUACCUACAAUAACGACAACGACAAUAAAUGACACUGGUAAAGGUGAAAUUGAACUCGAACCAACAAAUCCAAAUCGAUCAUAUAAUUAUAGGAAUACAAUUGGAACGUCAGAUAUUCGAAGGAUUAGGAAUCAGACGCUGCGUGAACGUGCAGGCAGACCCCGCCCUCCACAAAACCUGCGAUCACAACCAUUCAACAUCCGUCUAGUCUACGCCAAGAACAACAAUGCCCCCGGCUCACUGCUCAUCAAGAAGCACAAUGAGUACACAAACAAGCAGACGGGCCAGACCAAGCUGUUCCGCACGUGGAAGGAGGUCAAGGCGAUCUGGUUCAACUGGCAUCAGCUAAAGACGAUCGGGCUGUACAAGGCCGCGCUGUUUGAGCUGAUCGGCACUUUCCUGCUCGUGUACCUAUCGCUCUCGAUCAUCAUUGGCAUGAUCAACUACUUCUCGUUCUCCAGGGAGUUCAACGAUGACCUGCCUCCUGGUCCACUGCCACUCAAUCACUUUGUAAUCAACUGGCGAAUAACAUUCUCCAUUGGACUACUACACUCUAUCUUCAUCGGCUUCCUCAUCCUCGCCUUUGCCCCGGCAAGUGGAGCGCACCUCAACCCGACCGUCACUCUCACAACCAUGUUCUGUGGAUACAUACCUUUGUGCAAGGGAGUAGUAUAUAUGAUAGCGCAGUUUGCUGGAGCUAUAUUGGCAUGUGCAUUCUUGUAUGCGACUGUACCUUUGUUUGUGUUGGAGAGGACGCAUAUGGCUGCUUGCGACUUUGGCGGUGACCUUAAUGAUGGACGUACAUUGGGCAUUGAGGCAUUGCUCACAUUUGUCAAUCUGUUCAUAUCAUUCACUACUGCCAUUGAUCCUAGACAGAGUGAGGCACUUGGUAUCAUAACAUGUGCAUUCAUCGUCAGCACCACCAUUGGAGUAACACAAAUCAUUGCCGGUGGAUAUGCCUUCACCUAUGCCGGACCAGGUUACAACAUGGCCAGAUGUCUAGGUCCAGCAUUAAUUAUGGGUUAUUUUCACAAACUAUGGGUAUUCUUUGUUGCACAGGGUAUUGCAGCACUUAUAACAGGUGUUAUAUUCUUGUUCAAUCCACCAUUCACAACUAUUCAUUCUGAACCAAUUGAACAGGCUAGUGACGAUGAAGAACAGACCAGACGUCAAAGUAUAUCGGCUAUACCAGAGACUGAAGGAGGGCCAAGCCACAUC